GAGCCAACAGCUUUCGCACGCUGGGGGAAGUCACCUCCUGGGUCCCAGCGUUCCCUGCGCUCCCGAAGGUCCCCCGUUCCCGCUUCCCAAACUAGAUCCCAAGCCCUUGGGGGCUCCGGGGAGGGGGCGGGGCACGGGGCAGCCCAGCGCCGACGCACGCGCGCUAGUCUCAAGGCGUCCCGCCCCCUCCCGGGGGAAGGCGGCGGUGUGGGGGGGCCUACGUCAGCUGGGGGAAAUUCCCCUCCCGCCGGGCAGCCUUCCUCUCGGGCCGGCCAGAGCUCGGCUGCUGCUGCUGCUGCGCUCCGCCCCCUGCCCCUGGCUCCCGCAGCCUGGACUGGCGACGCCGGGUGACCCGAGCGCGAGAAUUAAGCGGGUGGGAAGGUGUGAGCCGCAAACCCAGAGGAGGGCGGGAAGGAGGAGGAGAUCCUGGGGGUGGUCAGGGGGAUUGGGGAUCCCGCUGGCAGAGGUCCCUCGGCCGCCGGACUGACUGACUGCGGCGGCCUCCGGUUCGGACGCUCGGAGCAGGGCGGCGCGGUGAGCAGAGCCAUGGCCUCGGGUGGGUAUAACCCAUAUAUAGAGAUUACGGAACAACCCAGACAGAGGGGAAUGCGUUUUAGAUACAAAUGUGAAGGGCGAUCAGCAGGCAGCAUUCCAGGGGAGCACAGCACAGACAGCAGCCGAACAUACCCGUCUAUCCAGAUUAAGAACUAUUUUGGAAAAGGAAAAGUGAGAAUUACAUUAGUAACAAAGAAUGACCCAUAUAAACCACAUCCUCAUGAUUUAGUAGGAAAAGACUGCAGAGAUGGCUACUAUGAAGCAGAAUUUGGACAAGAACGCAGACCUUUGUGUUUUCAAAAUUUGGGUAUUCGAUGUGUAAAAAAAAAAGAAGUAAAAGAAGCUAUUAUUUCAAGAAUACGGGCAGGAAUCAAUCCUUUCAAUGUUCCUGAACAACAGCUGCUUGAUAUUGAAGACUGCGACCUCAAUGUGGUGAGAUUAUGUUUUCAAGUUUUCCUCCCUGAUGAACAUGGUAAUUUGACAAGUGCUCUACCUCCUGUUGUCUCUAAUCCAAUUUAUGAUAACCGUGCUCCAAAUACUGCGGAAUUAAGGAUUUGUCGUGUAAAUAAGAACUGUGGAAGUGUCAGAGGAGGAGAUGAAAUAUUUCUACUCUGUGACAAAGUACAGAAAGAUGACAUAGAAGUUCGGUUUGUGUUGAAUGAUUGGGAGGCAAAAGGUAUCUUUUCACAAGCCGAUGUACACCGCCAAGUAGCCAUCGUUUUCAAGACUCCACCAUAUUGCAAAGCUAUAAUAGAACCAGUAACAGUAAAAAUGCAGUUACGGAGACCUUCUGACCAGGAAGUUAGUGAAUCUAUGGAUUUUAGAUAUCUGCCAGAUGAAAAAGAUACAUAUGGCAAUAAAGCAAAGAAACAAAAAACAACUCUUCUUUUCCAGAAACUGUGGCAGGAUUGUGGAGUUAAUUUUCCUGAAAGACCUAGACCUAAUCCCCUAGGAACAAUGGGAGAAGGAAGAUUCAUCAAAAAAGUUUUGACUGAAACAUCCAGGCCAGUUUCAAGUCAAGCAGAAUCCUACUAUUCCUCAUCCAUCUCAAGUGCAUUGUCACAUCCUGCUUCAACCAUACCCACAAUGGUACCUCAGCCUUCUUCAAGCUGGUCGUCAGUGGCCCGCCCCACCUCACGCUCAGUCAAUACAAAUUCACUGAGUGGUUUCUCACCAGGGACCCUUUCCUCUAAUUCACAUGUUAUCACGCCAUUCCUGGAAAUGCCUGUUAUGAAUGAUCUGAAUACUUCUAAUGCUUGCAUUUAUAAUAAUACAAAUGACAUAGGCAGAAUGGAAGCAUCGUCUGUGUCACCAGCUGACUUAUAUGGUAUUUCUGAUGCCAGCAUGCUGCCUCAUUGUCCUGUGAACAUGAUAACGCCCAGUAACGACAGCAUGAGGGAGACCGAUAAUCCGAGACUUGUGAGCGUGAAUCUUGAAAACCCUUCCUGUAAUUCAGUGUUAGACCCAAGAGACUUGAGACAGCUCCAUCAGAUGUCCUCUUCCAGUAUGUCAACAGUCACCAGCUCCAGUACUACUGCUUUUGUUUCCCAGUCAGAGGCAUUUGAGGGAUCUGACUUUAAUUGUGCAGAUAACAGUAUGAUAAAUGAGUCAGGACCAUCAAACAGUACUAAUCCAAACAGUCAUGGUUUUGUUCAAAAUAGUCAGUAUUCAGGUAUUGGCACUACGCAAAAUGAACAGUUGAGUGACUCAUUUGCAUUUGAGUUUUUUUAGGUUAACUUGUAAGAUUUAAAUGGUGAAUUAAUUAAAUCUCUUGGAGUUCCCAUUGUGGCUCAGUGAAAAUGAACCUGACCAGUGUCCAUGAUGAUGCAGGUUCAAUCCCAGGCCUUGCUCAGUGGGUUAAGGAUUUGGUAUUGCCACAAGCU